GUCAUCUGCCAUCCAACUCGGCCGACGACGACGACGACAACACUGCUGCACUCCUCCUGCCAACCUUGUGUGUUAUCCACCUCCCUCACUUGCUUGCUUUGCCCUCAAACGCCGGCUUUGACAUCCAAGGUCGUUGUUGCUCGGCUUCCCUGCUCAGCUUGUUCCUUGCUCUUGCUUCCCUUUGUUCCCGUCACGCAACCGACAGCCGCCGCCGACGACGGACAAUAACCCGCUUUCGACCUUCACUGUUGUCUUGCCUGUCGCCUCUUUCUGCAUUCACGACCUGAGUGACCUACCAUCGCCAAACAUCAACCAACACCUAUCGAGAAACCGACGAGUGCCUGCGACAUCAAGGUUGUCCAUCCAGAUCCGACGAACAGCUCCAGCAUCUCCAGCAUCCAAGCUCUUUAACUCCGAGUCCACGGCGCCUCAACACCACCACAACUCCACUCACAACCAUCACAAUAAUGUCCACCCACACCACCUCUCUCUCCAACGCCGAUCUCCGCUCCAACUCCCAGCCCUACAAACGCGACGCCGCUCACAAGCAUAAGUGGGCUCUCGGCGCCGUGGAGCGAAACCAGCGCGAGGGAGGCGCGGAGGGAAAGGCGAAGCCUGUGAAGCCGUUUCCGACCAACAUCCACAACUCCCGCCGCCGCCACACCGCCACGGCCCUCGCCGCCUCAGCCGCCAAGUCCGCCAAAUUCCGCCCGGCACACCCCACCUCCGACGACCACCCCGCUCUCUCCAGCUCGCCAUCAUCCGGGUCCAAUUCCGAGUCGACCUCCGAUCUCGAAGCCGACGCUCCAGAGGCCGCGGAGAUCACAUACACCUACGACCACCCCGGCGGACCCGUCGCUGCGUCGGAGAUUUUGACGGCUGCGUUGGCGAGGGCCGUGGAGAGGUUUGAAGAUGCAGAGACGGUAAGGUUGGUCAAGGGAGAGUGGGAUGUUCUGGAUGAGGAGGGAGAAGUCGUGCGGAUCGGGAAGGGUGGGAAAGCUGUUGGUGGUGGAGGAAAGAAGAUGGUGGCGCCGCCGACGCAGGGAGGCGUAAAGGCUAGGGACGUCGAUGAAGAUUGGGAGGUUGUAGGCACGCUGGCCUGGCCGGCAUACGCAGCUUUGGGCGGCGUCCAGUUCGGCGUGGUCAAGGCCGCGCACGGUAGGGAACGAUUUGACGAUUCGACUCGUGAUCUCCUCAUGGUCGAGGGGAGAAGUCCACUCGUCGCCAUCGCGCAGUGUUUCCAUCGCGGCGGCGAGGGCUUUCAUCGUGUGGUGAAGAUCUGGGCGGCCUCUGCGAAUCGUGUCGUCCCGUCAAUUCUGAGCGUCACGAAUGAUCGCGACAAGUCGCAAGCGCAGCGCGAUGAUUUGCGACAUCAUUAUUUGGCGAUUCCGACGUCGUUGGGUAGAUAUUCGAUGUUGUUGUCGCGAGUGAAGAAGACGAAAUUCGAAGUGUGCGCAAAAGGCCGAGGAAUUUGGCCCCCACUUUCGUCUACACUUCACGGUGUGGCACGGUGCACACUACUGGCGCUAAAACUUGCUACUUUGCACUUCACCUCGUUCGAUAUCUACUCUAUUCCAGAGGUCUUUAGUUUUCAACGCAGGACGCCUCACGAGGAUGGCAGCGGCCGACGUAUCUUCGACUCGUGCCUCCGCCUUCGUUUCGAUGUACCAUGA